GCACUGACGCUGCAGCUGCCGUCCACGGAAGUGCUGGCGCAGGAAAUGAGUCCAGUGGACCCCGAGGCGCUGCAGGCAGCAGUUCGAUCUGCCCGGAAGGAAUUAUUUGAAGCUUUUUCUGAAGAGCUGCAUGCAUUAUACAAGCAGCUGACGCUGCCGGAAGCAGCAGCAGGAGAAGCAGCAGCAGCAGAAGGGCUGGAUGCAGCGAACGUGGCGCGCAGGCGGCUGCGCAACGUGCUGCUGCGGCUGCUGGCAGCACCUGGAGAUGCAGCAGCAGCAGCACUCGCCUACAAACACUACAGCAGCAGCAAAUGCAUGACGGACACUUAUGCUGCGCUGCUGGUCCUCGCAGACAUGCAGCAGCCGCAGCGGCAGCAGGCCUUCGACCACUUCUACGAACAAGCUAAAGGGGACCCGCUGCUGGUGGACAAGUGGUUUCGGGCGCAGGCGGGUUCGGACCUGCCGGACCAGGUGGAGCGAGUUGCUGCGCUGCAGCAGCACGAAGCAUUUACAAUCAAAAACCCCAACAGGCUGCGGGCUUUGCUGAGUGCUUUUGUCUUCAACAGGCCCCACUUCCACAGGAAAGACGGCAAGGGUUACCAGAUCAUUGCCGACGCUGUCCUCAAAUGA